ACCAGAUGCCCUGGACCUACAGGAGACAAAGGAUAUUGGGUUUGGAUAAGUGAGUUUUUUAUUCAGUUGAAAGAGGGGACAUACCAUGGCAAGUGCCAACCAGACAGCCUCUGUGACAAAGUUCAUCCUCCUGGGCCUCUCAGCCCACCCAAAGCUGGAGAAGACGCUCUUCGUGCUCAUCCUGCUCACGUACCUGGUGAUCCUGCUGGGCAACGGGCUCCUCAUCCUGGUGACCAUCCUGGACUCCCGCCUCCACACGCCCAUGUACUUCUUCCUGGGGAACCUCUCCUUCCUCGACAUCUGCUACACCACCUCCUCAGUGCCCCUCAUUCUUGACAGCUUCCUGACCCCCAGGAAAACCAUCUCCUUCCCAGCCUGUGCCAUGCAGAUGUUUCUUUCCUUUGCCAUGGGAGCCACAGAGUGUGUGCUUCUGGGCAUGAUGGCAUUUGAUCGCUAUGUGGCCAUCUGCAACCCCCUGCGGUACCCUGUGGUCAUGAGAAAGUCUGUCUAUGUGCCCAUGGCUUCCAGCUCCUGGGCAGCUGGAAGUGCUGCUUCCAUGGUUCAAACAUCCCUUGCUAUGAGGCUGCCCUUCUGUGGGGACAAUGUCAUCAACCACUUCACCUGUGAGAUCUUGGCUGUCCUGAAGCUGGCCUGUGCUGACAUCUCCAUCAAUGUCAUCAGCAUGGGGGUGACAAAUGUGCUCUUCCUGGGGGUCCCAGUUCUUUUCAUCUUUAUCUCCUACAUCUUCAUCCUCACCACCAUCCUGAGGAUCCCCUCGGCUGAGGGGAGGAAAAAGGCUUUCUCCACCUGCUCUGCCCACCUCACAGUCGUGCUUGUCUUCUAUGGGACCAUCCUCUUCAUGUAUGGGAAGCCUAAAUCCAAGGACCCCCUGGGGGCUGACAAAGAGGAUCUUGCAGACAAGCUCACCUCCCUCUUCUAUGGGGUGGUGACCCCCAUGCUCAACCCCAUUAUCUACAGCCUGAGGAACAAGGAUGUGAAGGUGGCUGUGAGGAGCCUGGUGAGUCAGAAACUCUUCACCCAGUGAUGUUUGGAAGACAGAUGUCCCUGUAGUUCUGUGCCUCUUUCCUGUUUUCACCCAUGAAUCUCAGAAGAAUGUGUCUCCCAAAGAAGAUAUACAUAAAGAGUGAUUAGCAAAAGAUGGAAUUACACAUGUAUUACAUUGAAUUAUACAGAAUUUUAUCUGUUACUCAACCUAAUUUUCAAAAACAAUGAAACCUCUAACCUGAUGGGAGUGUGACUUGAGGGGAUGGAAGUAGAAUGCUUCUGAAAUCAAUUAGCAAUUUUCCUGCUACUCUACUGGGCAAGUCUGAAUUCACUUUGAGGGCAGGUUGCUCCUUCUGAGAAAAACAGCUUAGUACACCUAUGUGUUAAAUAAAGAUUCAAAAUCCUACUCUUAAAAGGAGGCACUGAAGACAGUGUGGGGUGAAAUUUCAUGACCUAGCAGUUAAAAAAAAAUAAUCUUCAUUAGAGGUGAAACGGCACAUCUUCAA